AUGUCCAUUCUUACAGGUGCCAUGGCAGCUACAGAUUCGUCACCGAGAGCAUUGGUGUACCGUGGCCCAGCUGCGUGCCCUGGCUGUCCCGAAGCCAUUGCCGAGUUACUUGAAUCAUCUCCCUGGAAAUUUCAUGUCACGUAUGCUGGGCCCGAUGAAGAUGUGGAUGUAGACGAAAACAGUCUAAAAGGCGUACAAGUUUAUGCUCAGGCUGGAGGUCCCGACUUGGAUGACGCAUGGGGAAGGGUCAAAAAGUACAACGACUCUUUACACGACUUUGUAUCAUCUGGCGGGCAUUAUAUGGGCUUCUGCCUUGGUGCAUAUCUUGCAGGUAACUCGCCUGGAUUUGGCCUCCUGCCAAGGGGCGCUGAUACUACGGACGAGCGCUCCCAGCACGGAGCCCAGGUCACUUCUGAAAAGGAUACUAUUAUUCAAGUUGACUGGACAUUCUCUUCCGGUCACACUGAGAAGAAUCGAUGGGUCUACUUUCAAGACGGCGCCGCCUUUACUGGACUAAAGAAGGCUUUGGAGAGUGAGGGACACGGAAGAGUGAUAGCAACGUACUCCAAGAAUGGAGAUGUGGCUGCGUCCGUGACACCUUAUGGUAAAGGCUGGGUCGGUGUUGUUGGUCCACAUCCAGAGGCGACUGGUGAUUGGUACUCUGAAUACGGCAUCAAGAAUCCUGACGGAAUUCAAUUCGACAUGGGCUACGACUUUAUUGCCGCAACUCUUAACGGGGGACAGCUCAAUGCGUCACAGUCGGCCGCCACGAGCACCAGGCAGGCUGGAGAUGCACCAAUAAGCACUGCCGCUGCAGUAGGACGAGGGCACUUGAAUCCUUUAGCUCGGCUUUUCUAA